GAAGUCCACCAUGAUGUUGAACAAAGAAUUAUAUAUCUKCAUCUUGUAUCUCUAUUUGAUGCUUCGAGACUUGCUCUUCUGUGUGAGCAAACGCCACGAGAAUGUUCAAGCUCAGAAUCGCAUCGUUACUGGAAAUACCAGGAGUAUUAUCAUGCUUGCUCCAUGCUGUUUUUAUUCUCAGUUUGUCAUAUUAUGGUGAUGAUUCAUCCAUCUCCUACCUUUGAUCUUGGUUACGUCAGGCUAUUUAGAACRCUAGCAACUGCAAGACAUCAAUUGUUGCCUCAAAUAUCACAUUGUCUUAAUAACAUUGAUGGGCUGCCUGAUAUCUGGAGGCAGACUGGUAGGCCRUGUAUUCCAAGACUUGUAUGUUCCUUCAAACAGGUAGUACCAUUCACAGCUUUGGACCCUACUGUAAAAACAACAAUGAAUAAAGACACGUAUGCCAGCAGAGCAAAGGUUAAAACACAGGUUAAUAAUUCUCAGCGCAAUCUUCAAAAUUCCUUACAAGAUCAAAUCUACCAUGUAAUGAGGAAAGCAAGACUAUUAGGCAGCCUAAGCUCUAGCUCACUGUUCACAGUGAGUUCUGGCCAUGCCUUUGUACAUGUAGAGCCGAGUACGUCAUCAUUUGAUCCCGUUCAUAUAUUGUUGAAUAAAAUUGCGAUGCCAGCCAUCAAAACACAAUGGGCUGAAUCGAGUAUGCUGCUUAAAGAGAAAGGAAUAUUUAAACCAGGAAAAGCAUUGCCUAAAGAUGUAUUCAACGACAGUUCUCUAGAGGAUGUCCUGUUCAAAGACUAUUUAAAACAACAGAUUGACAACCUGAUGACGGGCGAUGCAUCACGGGACGGGGUGGCUGAUGGACGUCGAGGCACACAUGUUGAGGUUCCCAGUUGUCGUCARUGGGCGCAAGUCUGUUUAGAGCUGUACGACUUCUUCAUGAACACGAUCACCGACCUUCCCGCACCGUUUACAACAAUGGCGUCUCAGCUGGACUUGGACAUGAAGUUUUCUGAAGGUCGUUGUCGUAAAGUUCUUCCCCUAGCGAGCAGUGCUUAUCUGGAAGGAUUACCAUCUCACUACACACAAAAUCUCCAUCUUAAUCAGCUUGCGCAAGCGCAAAGAGUGUUUGCUCUUCAUGCGAGAGGACCAGCRUAUGAACAUUACGCUGCGCAACUGCAGGACGAUUGUAACAAGAUUUGGAUGAAUGGAAGACAGCUUUGUGAAGAAAGAAGUUUGACAGGAAGACAUUGUGUUUAUCCAUAUCACAAAGUCCCUGAGAGUCUUGGUGAAUACUUGUCAGAAAAAUCCCAUGACGAUGUCACUGUUCCUUGUAAGCCACACUCUAGUCGUAUCACGAGCCUAUGUGCGUGUAAUUGUGGGAGAACACAAGAACAUAGAGAUGAUCCCUUUGAUAUACGGACCGCAAACUACGACUUUUUCAAAGUCCUUGAGGACAAGUGUUGUGCAUAUCUUGUGCAUCUUGUGCUGCCCUGUCAUCCAAGCUUCUCUCUUUUUAUUCUCAUUUCACAGACCGCAAACUACGACUUUUUCAAAGUCCUUGAGGACAAGUGUUGUGCAUAUCUUGUGCAUCUUGUGCUGCCCUGUCAUCCAAGCUUCUCUCUGUCCAAAGCCCCAGAGAUCUCCCUCAAAACAACAGAGGUCCAUGAAGACGAACCCCUCCUGGAAAUGCCCUUAGAAAACAAAAGCCCACCUGUGAAUGAGGAUGGCGCCGGGGGAGACAGUAGUAACCAGAGUUCAAAGGAAGAAUCUCAGACCACUACAUCUCAUGUUAGUGGCAUUAUUCCUAUUCCUAAGACGGCUUUAAUGUCACGUGACUCGAAAGAUCUCACCGGAAGUCAUCCUUUCACCGGAAAUGUUCCCGCCGGAAGUCACGGUCAAAGUUCCAAUUCCUUGUUCAGUUUGGGUGGCUUUCAUUCUAUGUUUGAUAACAUGUCACACGAGGGGACUGGUACCGAAUACAAGAGUGUGACGUCAGUGGGAAUGGGGGAUACAAGUACUGCGGACUCACAAGAAGUCCUGAGCAACGCCGAGCCUCACAUCCAUGGAAGUGACGUCACAGUUCCAAAUAAGGACAAGCCAGGAGCUGAGAAAGCGUUUCUACAGACGAUGCUUUCUGACCAAUCAUUACCCGGCGCUUUACCGCGAUUUCCAUCGUGGUCGAUAUGCAGGCUUGGAAACCUGUCCUCAUAUCAGCCUGCGAAAGGACUGGAGCAACCAGGGUUUUUCCCUGGGAGUAAUUUCCUGUUGGCAUGGGACAUCCCGUUAGUGGAUGAGAACCAUUCUGAUUUAACCAGUCAGUUUGAUAGUCAUGGAAAACACCUCGGCACCAAAACAACAUCAACAGAAGCCUGGCCUGCUCCUAAUGAACUUCCGGUAGCAGGGAGUACUCCUUCACUUCCUCUAYACCAGGCUCUCAGCUAUGCUCACCGGCAGUGUGAAGGUAAAGGGAGCCCAGCUCAAUUAAUUGUCUCGCAGACGUCAAGUAAAGGAUCUUCUAGUGGUUCUUCGAGACCUCGAGGAAGAAAUCAACGAGAUGUAGGACCACCGACCGUUAGAGCUUAUAUUGGCAAUGAGUACGAAUGCCCUAGGGGUCACAGGUUUAUAUGUUCGGGUCCUGAUAAGAUGGUCAAAGCAACAACUUCCGGUCACGUGAAGGAAUCAGCACACAAGCUCGUUACCAUGGAUAUGCCAUUGUACUUCCCAUGCCCCUGUCGGUCAUCGAAACCUCUUCUUGCUCAACUCGCUCGCAUCUUUAUCGCUACACCAGACUCUCCCGUAGUCAUAUCACUCAACCCUCGGGUUCAGCCAGCGUCGCCUCCGUGUCCCGUUUUCUUUCCUGGUCCGGCAGACGGUAUUUCUAUCCCCCCGGCGAGUUUUUGCGUUUUACGCUUUCCGUAUGUGUACGUCGGGGCCGAUGGGCCGAUAUUACCUCCCGGGGAUUCGCAACCGUUACUAUCGUGCCGGUUACUCAAGGGGACUUAUUCCGUAGUGGGACGUGAGUGA